ACUAUGCUGAUUUAAAACGUGUUUCCUCCACGUUAAAGAGAACUACCAAGGUAAUGAGCUGUUUAUUAGGUCUGAAUUACAUCUGAUUAAAAAGAGAAUCUUCUUCCCAUGUUGUUCACGAAACAACAAAGAAUACGUCGAACGAAAGUCACUAAAAAGUAAAUAUUCGUCAAUACCCAGUUUCAGAAGGAAAAUUGUUAUGUAGAAGAUAGUUACGACUCGUUUUAAAAUGACGUAAUGGGCUGUGGUCCAAGCAAGCCGUACAUAUCUUCAAGACGACGAAGUUCUUAUUCAGAAAAUGAUGAUGAUGAUGAACAUUGUGAAAGGGGAGAGAAGGUGCUUACACACAUAGGCGUCUCCCGCCUACAUCCUAAGUAUUCACGGAAAACAGAAGCAAAAAACGGGGAAAUUACGACAAUGAGGGCGAACCGUAAUGUCAAACCUGAACUCAAGGACAAGAGUGACCGGACACUGUCUGGACCGCUGAGGGCUCAGGUUAAACGAACACCAAGUCAAAUAGAAUUCUUCAGAGCUUUGGAUGAAAAAAUUAAUCUGGGUCGAGUGAACAGCAAACAAUGCAAUCAAGAACCUUCCAAGUGUUUAAACUCAACUCUCCAAGGUGAAAGGGUUUAAAUCAGGACACUUAGCACAAGAAAAACUGAAAGAAGAGGUGACUAAAGUGUUGUUGAGUUCUCUAUUAUCUUCUGAAUAAUCCAAGAACCGUUUUUCAAAUAUGGGACAAUUGUGCUAGAUUAUGGAUAUAUUCACGAACACGACUGGUUAUUGGCAGGUUGUGGAUAUUAUUGGGGAAACUAUAGGUAGCUGGUCUGGACCUGGUAACGACCGAUCCUUGGCGUGUUGUGGACACAGACACGAGUGCUUGUUUGUGUCAGGAACACGCUAAGAAUGACUACAUUCAAGGGAUUCAAGUGAAUACAGUGGUGUUUAAUACUAGUACAUCUACGUAUAUGAUGUAAGAAACGUGCUGUGCCUCAGGUCAGUGGUUAUUUAGCUAAUGGAUACAGUGGUGUUCCUAAUAAAUAUAUGACGUAAGCAACGUUCUGUGUCUCAGGUCAAUGUGUAUUUAUCAAGUGUAUACAGUGUUUAAUAAUAGUUCAUCUAAGUAUAUGAUGUAAGAAACGUGCUGUGUCUCAGGUUAGUGGUUAUUUAUUUAGUUGAUACAGUGAUUAAUACUAGUACAUCUAAAUAUAUGAUGUCAAAUACAUGCUGUGUCUCACGUAACUGGUUUGAACCAUCAACCAAACCUUGAAAGUUUGGUUUUGUAAAAAAAAUUAGAAAGUAAAAUUUCAUGACUUCAAGAUCGU